UCACCUUACUUGAUGCAUCAAGACUAUCCUUAUUUUCCUCACAAGAAUCACACUAUGCUGGCUGUGUUUCUACAUUUGGAUGAUACAACGCCGGAAAAUGGUGGUUUGGCGAUAUAUCCUGGCAGUCAUAAACUAGGACCGUUGAAGGAUAUUAAAGUAAUCGAUGAACGGGGUGAUCCUAUUCACUAUGUCGAUCCUAAGGAAUACCCUUUGUCCAAAGCUACUCCCAUAUCUGCCAAAAAGGGUGAAGUUGUCUUCUUCUCUUACCUAACACUUCAUGGUUCGUAUCUGAACUUGUCUGAUAAAACUCGACGCAUGUUUCUCAUACAAGUGAGAGCUGCCGAUGAUGAACCGACCCUGGACGUGCAUAAUUCCCCUUGUCAAGGCUUGAUGCUUCGGGGUAAAAAUAUUUACAAAGACGCAUUGAUGACCAACAGAUAUAAAUAUUAAGCGAAUAUUCACU